AUGAAUUUAAUCAUUUUAAUUUUUAUUAUUUGUUUUACACUAUCUUUAAUUCUAGCUACCAUUGCUUUCUGAGUUCCUCAGUUUAAACCUAACACUGAAAAACUCUCGCCAUAUGAGUGUGGUUUUGACCCACUGGGCUCUGCCCGACUACCUUUUUCAUUACGCUUCUUUUUAGUAGCAAUUCUUUUCUUACUAUUCGAUCUUGAAAUUGCUCUCCUACUUCCUCUCCCUUGAAGUAAUCAACUAUCUUCCCCUACAUUAACUCUAGCUGCAUCUCUUUUUAUUAUUAUUUUACUUACUUUAGGUUUAAUCUAUGAAUGAAUACAAGGAGGAUUAGAAUGAGCAGAAU